UGCAAGUUGCAGGAGUGGCGCUGUAGCCUCCUAGCAGGAGUAGGACUAGGAGUAGCCCUUGGCGACUCGACCUGAACCCAAAAAAAAUCAUGUUUUGUGCUGUUGGCAUUCGCCUGGCCUAGUUUCCCGUUUCCAUAUAUAGAAAAACUAGCCCUCCCCUUUCUCCCGAAACCAAACCAUCCAUAUAUAGUCUCUCUCUCUCUCUCGUCGCGUUAUGGACUCCCCGUCGUCGCAGGCGACCGACCUGUCGCUGACGCUGGCGCCGUCGCCGGGGUCCGGGGGAGGCGGCGGAGGGUUGGGAGGCGGAGGCAGGGGCGCGACGGCGUGCGUCGACGGCACGGACGUGCGGCUGUUCCCGUGCCUAUUCUGCAACAAGAAGUUCCUGAAGUCGCAGGCGCUAGGGGGGCACCAGAAUGCGCACAAGAAGGAGAGGAGCAUCGGCUGGAACCCCUACUUCUACAUGCCCCCUCCAUCAAAUGCCGCGGCGGCCGCCAUGCCGCCGAGCCCUACUGCCACCGGCAGCUACGGCGGCGUUGUCGGCGCGAGUGCGGCUGGAACGGUGGCAGGGGUGGGGGUCGGUGGUCUCCCGCCGGCGCACGCGUACGCCGCCGUGCCGGCGCCGUUCGCCAUCGCCUCCCACAGCUUCAGCGCCGUGGGGUCCGGCGGGGUCCAGUACGCGUCGCGCGAGGGCGCCGCAGCUGCUGCGGCGGCGGAGGCUGGGGCGGCAUCGGCGGCGUCAGCGACGGCGGCCGACAACUCCGGAGUGCUGCCCACCCGCGCGCUCUUCGCCACCCGCCAGCCGGUCCUGGCGGCCGCGAGCAGCGGGCGCGGCGCGGCGUACCAACCCAGCGCCGGCCGCGACGACCUGAUCGACAUGCUCAACUGGAGGAGGGGCUCCCACGGCCCCACCGCUUCCGCGGCCGCCACCACCGCCUCGCCGUCCAGCACCACCACCACCCUCACCACCUCCGCCGGCGCCGACGGCAGCAGCAACAACGAGGACUACGGCGGCGAGCUCGACCUCAGCCUCAGCCUCUAGCACCUAGGAGUCUAUCUAGCCGAACGUUAAUCAUGUUCCACUCUAUCCUCACGCUACCCAUGUCGCUUUAAUUAGCUCUUAGUCACGUUAAUCACUCUCUCUCUCUCCUCACCUGUAUGUUAGCACGUCUUGUCAUCUCUCUUCUUUUUUGCCAUGUGUGAAUUGUUCAUCUUCUUUUA